CGCUUUGCGCCAUGGCGUAAGCGGACGUUGGAGUAAAUAAGACCGGAAGAGCACACAGCGUAUCUGGCAGCUGUAGAUUGAAUUCUUUCUUGUACUUCUUAUCUUUGCAGUAUGACGUUUAGUUUGUCUGUUAUGGAUGCUCAAUGACUUUUAAAAUUAUUGCGAUCAAGUAAUCCGUCGGUGUGUGUAUAGUUAAUACACACGCUUGGCUUUGGUGACCUCGUUAAUGUUAGCUUACCUAAAUUGGGGGAAAAAUCGACAGCGACCACAUCAUCAAUUUAAACGGCACAAGGUUUUACUUAUUUGUGGAAGUAAGGACAAUGGACAAUCUGGAGGAAAAUGCUACUGAAAGGAUUCUACUAGAACCAUACAAUUACCUGCUACAGCUACCAGGGAAACAAAUCCGCACUAAACUUUCUCAAGCAUUCAACCACUGGCUCAGUGUACCUGAUGAUAAACUUCAGGUAAUCAUUGAGGUAACGGAAAUGCUGCACAAUGCUAGUCUCCUGAUUGAUGACAUUGAGGACAGCUCUAAAUUACGCCGUGGUUUCCCUGUAGCUCACAGCAUCUACGGCAUUCCAUCUGUUAUAAACUCUGCAAACUACGUCUAUUUCUUGGGUCUAGAGAAGGUGCUGACACUGGAACACCCUGAGGCUGUGCAUGUGUUUACUCGACAGCUACUGGAGCUUCAUCGUGGCCAGGGCCUGGACAUCCACUGGCGUGACACAUACACUUGCCCAAGUGAAGCAGAGUACUGUGGCAUGGUACUGCGCAAGACUGGCGGAUUAUUUGGCCUGGCAGUGGGCCUCAUGCAGCUCUUUUCAAAAUGGAGCUGUGACCUUAAGCCCCUUCUAGACACACUUGGGCUCUUGUUCCAGAUACGCGAUGACUAUGCCAACCUCUGCUCACGUGAAUAUGGCGCAAACAAAAGCUUCUGUGAAGACCUGACUGAAGGCAAAUUCUCCUUUCCCACCAUCCAUGCCAUCCAUACACAGCUCCAUAGCACACAAGUCCAGAACAUCCUACGUCAACGCACUGAGGAUGAAGAUGUCAAGCGCUAUUGUGUUGAAUAUUUGGAGAAGGUGGGCUCCUUUGCUUAUACCAGGCAGAAGCUACAUGAGUUAGAAAAGGAGGCAUAUAGGCUAAUUGCAGGAUUAGGGGGGAACCCAGAGCUGGAGGGACUAAUAGAACAUCUGAGCCACAUUUACAAGGAAUGAGAGGAAACCAAAGAAUAGAGCUACAUCACUCCUAAAUCUCUCCUCCUUCUAAAAAAAACCUAUCACUUAAUUUUACAUUUUAAAAAAACUGUUCAUUUUGGCAACAGUGAGAUUACAUUGCUUUCAUUAGUGCACUUCACACAACCUGUUUUUUAGAAAUCAGUAAAUCACCAUACAUAAGAACUGAUGUAUAAUCAUAUUCAGUGACACAGUAUAAAGGUUCUGUUGUUCUGUUGAAGCUAAUCGUUAAUGAAGCUAACAAAAUAAAAGAUAUGAUAAAAUGCAUUCUUUAAAGCUAAAGAUUUGACCUUUGCCUUUUCAGUACUUUCAGAGAGGAUUAUAAAUGUGCAAAUUUUGUAAAACAUAUUCUUUUCAAUGGAAUUGGACACAAGAUUUGUUUAAGGUGGAUUUUACCUUUUGUUAUAUUUAAUACACUGGCAAAUCAUAGUGCCAUUAACAAUGUAGUAACUUUUCCAAUAAAUCAGAAGGAAAGAAAAGUA